ACGGUGCGGACCUUCUCACUGAAGGGGAUGACCAGUAAGCUGUUUGGCCAGGAGACUGCAGAGCAGAGGGAGGCUAAACUACAAGUGUUGGAACAGCAGAUAGCGGAGGGAGAGGUGGUUGUCAAAGAGAAGAACACCGAGAGCGAGUGAGAAACCCUCAUUCUCAAUCUCCUCUUAUCUCCUUCUCUCUCUGUCUCCAUCUUUUUCACUUUCUCUCUCUCGCAUUCUCUCUCAUUUUCUCUCUCUGGCUCCUGUGAUUGUCUAGCAUGUUAUAAUUGAAUCACUAAAUUUGCUGCUCUAAUCAGCUGCUUUGAACGGUUGACCAGCUGACCAUUUUUGUUGUUUAUUUCAAUUAUUUGAGAAGGUUCUAAAGCAAGUCUCUGUCUCCCCAGUGAGUUUGUGAAGACUGCCUGGGUAGACAUUGAGCGCUUUAAGGACCAGAAGGACCGGGACCUGAAGGAGGCCUUAAUCAGCUAUGCAGUCAUGCAGAUCAGCAUGUGCAAAAAG